AUGGAAGUCCGUUACAAAUUGUUCAUGGGCACGCUCAAGAAGGCAGCACUUGAUUGGUUUAGUGGUCUCCCUGACCGAUCAAUCACCGACUUCGAUGUCUUUAGCCGGCUUUUCAUGGCACUGUUUGCCGCUAACAAGAAGAAACCGCCGAUCACGUCGGACUUGUUCGACCUCAAACAGCAACGCGAGGAGUCGCUGAAGGAAUUUCUGCAAAGGUUCAACGAGGUCGCCUUGAGGAUAGCAUCGUUGGAUGAAAGGAUGGCUGUCAUUGCAUUCCAGAAGGGUCUAAGGUCUGGAGCUUUCAACAUCGCGCUCGAAAGAGCAAAUUGUCAAACGAUGUCGGAAGUGAGAGCUUUUGCCCUGAGUCACAUCAAGACGGAGGAAGGACAAAUCAACAAAAGGGCAGCUGAAAGCCGAGAAGCUGGGGUCGUCCCAAGAGAUUUUUAUUCCCUAUAA